AACACCUCUCAGCUGCCCGCUGCCCAGACACACCUGCAGCCCUGCCCAGCCGGCUCUGCUCACCCAGCGCUCGUAAAUGCCCCAGACAUGAACCAGCCCAGGCCCCGCUACGUGGUAGACAGAGCUGCGUACUCUCUCACCCUCUUGGAUGAUGAGUUUGAGAAGAAGGACCGGACAUACCCAGUGGGAGAGAAACUUCGAAAUGCCUUCAGGUGCUCCUCCUCUAAGGUCAAAGCAGUGGUGUUGGGGUUGCUGCCUGUGCUAUCCUGGCUCCCCAAGUACAAGAUCAAAGACUACAUCAUCCCCGACCUGCUGGGUGGGCUGAGUGGGGGAUGCAUCCAAGUGCCACAAGGCAUGGCAUUUGCGCUGCUGGCCAACCUCCCUGCAGUCAAUGGCCUCUACUCCUCCUUCUUCCCUCUUCUGACCUACUUCUUCCUGGGGGGUGUACACCAAAUGGUGCCAGGUACCUUUGCAGUUAUCAGCAUCCUGGUGGGUAACAUCUGUCUGCAGCUGGCCCCAGAGUCGAAAUUCCGGGUCUUUGACAAUGCCACCAACAAGAGCUAUGUGGACACUGCAGCCAUGGAGGCAGAGAGACUGCACGUGUCAGCAACACUCGCCUGCCUGACUGCCAUCAUCCAGAUGGGCCUGGGCUUCAUGCAGUUUGGUUUUGUGGCGAUCUACCUCUCUGAGUCCUUCAUCCGGGGCUUCAUGACAGCCGCUGGCCUGCAGAUCCUGAUCUCGGUGCUCAAGUACAUCUUUGGCUUGACCGUCCCCUCCUACACAGGCCCAGGCUCCAUUGUCUUUACCUUCAUUGACAUUUGCAAAAACCUCCCCCACACCAACAUCGCCUCACUCGUCUUCGCCCUGGUCAGUGGCGUCUUCCUGAUGCUGGUGAAGGAACUCAAUGCUCGCUACAUGCACAAGAUCCGCUUUCCCAUCCCCACAGAGAUGAUUGUGGUGGUGGUGGCAACAGCUAUCUCUGGGAGCUACAAGAUGCCCAAAAAAUAUCACAUGCAGAUCGUGGGAGAGAUCCAACAUGGGUUCCCUACUCCAGUGUCACCUGUGGUUUCGCAGUGGAAGGACAUGAUGGGCACAGCCUUCUCCCUGGCCAUUGUGGGCUAUGUCAUCAAUCUGGCCAUGGGCCGGACCUUGGCCAGCAAGCAUGGCUAUGAUGUGGAUUCAAACCAGGAGAUGAUUGCCCUGGGCUGCAGCAACUUCUUCGGGUCCUUCUUUAAGAUCCAUGUCAUCUGCUGUGCUCUCUCUGUCACUCUGGCUGUGGAUGGGGCUGGAGGAAAGUCCCAGGUGGCGAGCCUGUGUGUGUCCCUGGUGGUGAUGAUCACCAUGCUGGUCCUGGGGUCCUAUCUGUACCCUCUGCCCAAGGCUGUUCUGGGAGCCCUCAUAGCUGUCAACCUCAAGAAUUCCCUCAAGCAACUCGCUGACCCGUACUUCCUGUGGAAGAAGAACAAGCUGGACUGUUGUGUCUGGGUGGUGAGCUUCCUCUCCUCCUUCUUCCUGAGCCUGCCGUACGGUGUGGCCGUGGGUGUCGCCUUCUCCGUUCUGGUUGUGGUCUUCCAGACUCAGUUUCGAAACGGCUCUGCUCUGGCCCAGGUCAUGGACACAGACAUCUAUGUGAACCCCAAGACUUACAGUAGGAUCCAAGAAAUCGAGGGGGUUAAGAUUAUCACUUACUGCUCCCCUCUCUACUUUGCCAACUCAGAGAUCUUCAGGCAAAAGAUCAUUGCCAAGACAGGCAUGGAUCCGCAGAAGGUUUUACUUGCCAAGCAGAAGUACCUCAGGAAGCAGGAGAAGAGGAGAACGAUGCCCACACAGCAGAGGAAGUCCCUUUUUAUGAAAACCAAGACAGUGUCCCUGCAGGAGCUCCAGCAAGACUUUGAAAAUGCGCCCCCUACAGACCCCAACAACAACCAGACGCCCACCAUUGGCACCACCAUAUCUUACAUCACCUUCAGCCCAGACGAUGCCUCCGCUGCUGCCCCGUGUGAGCUGCCAGCUUCUUCUCAGCCCCCCAGUGAGCCUAAUGACACCCUGGCCAGUGUUCCACCCUUUGUCACCUUCCACACACUCAUCCUUGAUAUGAGUGGAGUCAGCUUUGUAGACUUGAUGGGCAUCAAAGCCUUGGCCAAGCUGAGUUCCACCUAUAGGAAGAUUGGAGUCAAGGUCUUCCUGGUGAACAUUCAUGCCCAGGUGUACAACGAUAUCAGCUACGGAGGCAUCUUUGAGGACGGGUGUGUAGAGCGCAACCACGUGUUCCCCACCAUCCAUGACGCAGUCCUCUUUGCCCAGGCGAAUACCAGAGACGUGGCCCCAGCAAACAGCUUCCAAGGGGCUCCAGGAAACACGGAGCUGUCCUUGUACGAUUCAGAAGAGGACAGCCCCAGCUACUGGGACUUAGAGCAUGAGAUGUUUGGGAGCAUGUUUCAAGCAGAGACCCUGACUGCCCUGUGAGAGCUCAGCUGGUCCCCUUGCUGCCUCCAGAGCACCUGGAACCUGGGACUUCCGUGACACAUAAGGUCAGGAGCACAGGGGGUGACCAAGAGAGAAGAGUGCAUCUACCUGGACUCUAGAUCCUCUCUUGACUCCUUCUCCUCUCACCUGCCCUUCCCUCCCUCCCUGCUUCCCUGCAAGAGAGCCAGCCCAGCCUCAGCAGCAGGAGGAGUCUACUUUCACAGGCUGCUGGACCCACCUCUUCACCCAUCCCCCGCCCCUCUGACCAGGGCCAGCAGUGAGCUCGCUCCAUCCCACUCCCUAGGCCCUCACGUGGCAGCUGACUUCCAGCCUCUAAGAGUGAGCCAAGAACAGAAGAACUGUGCUGACUUGGGGGUGCAAGCUUCAAGCUUCAAGAGGGGUCCUAUGGCUUGCGUGAAUUGGGCUUGAGAGUAUUGGGUGGACAUGGGACAAGGGGAUGAACUAGGUUAGGGUACUGAAGCUUGUCCCUCUAGCUUCUUAACAGCUAGUAGCUCUGUGCCCCAGAAACCAGGUACUGCCCACACCCUACAAGUCUCUGUCUCGCUCUUCACCCCAACACUACUGAGGCCUCUGCUGUCCCCCACCUCUGACUCAAGACUGGGCGGUAGCCAGGACCCUCCAGACCAUCAGAACUACCUCCCCAGAGGCAGACAGACAGUCAAGGGACUGCCUUGCCCUCUGAAUCAUACUUCCGCUGCUCCCUUCUGGGGGAUAGGUCACUGACAACAUAGCAACAGGUAUUCUGCCCAAAAUAUUUUGAGAACCCCUCUUUGUACUGGAGACCAGGAAGGGGAGGUGGUGCUAGUAUCAACUCAAGGCAGACUGUGCCCCCGGGCCCCGACAGCCUGCCUGACCUCAAAGCCCAUAAGGAAAAUGCCUCUCUUUGGGAAAUCUGUCAUAAUCAUCUUCACUUGGCAAAGAGUCAAACAUUUGAACUCUCCCUUACCAGGAUGUCAUGCAGAGCCACGAUGGGGGUCCUUGUGCCAGGCAGGGGAGGAAGUCCUUAGCGACCAGCUUCAUCCUCUCACUGUAUGUGUCUCCCUCCAUAGAAAGGCUUUAUAACCUCAGGACCAUAUUCUCCUAGGAAAGAUGAACAUAGGGAUUAAAUUCGCCAUGACUGUAGGGAGGUAACUUGAGGGAUCCCACUGUGGCUUAAAAACAAGUAGGUGCACACUCACAUGUUUUGCAAGUACACAGAAAGUCUUCUGGCCUCUCCUUACUAUUUCUCCCAAGUUCCUUCACUUCAGUGACCCCUGCCCCAACAGGUUGGGCUGACCAGUUCCUAACUUCAGCCUGCCCUUCAUUAGACGUCUGUGUGUUGAGUGAGCUGGUCAGCUAACAAGUCUUCGUAGAGUUAAAGGACAGGGUACUGGCAAAAGGCCAACACAUUCUUGGCCUGUGAGCGUUGCUUCUCUGUGAAUUCAUUAUGCCAUCAGGCUGCCAAUGGAACCAAAACUUGGAAGGUGGAAGACAAUGUUAUCUGGGAUUCACUGUGCCAGCCCUCAAAGUGCCAAAUUCAAGAACAAGAACCUUAGCCAAUGACAACUCACCCUUCCCUACUCCACCUCCUCCGAAGUCCAGCUCAGGCCUAGGAAGUAGGGGAAGGUCACAGAAACAAAUCCAAGUGUCUAGAUUCCCUGGUGACUUGAAGUUCAGCAGACCAGCCCCCAGAAAUAAGGGGAUUUCUGACUCACAAUGGCCAGGGGUUGUGCUCCAGGGGGCAUCUGCAGCAUUUCAGGAGAUACAGGGACCCAUGUUGAAUGUAUGAUUAGAAACACGUGGGACGAGGGAAGAUGCUGAAGAAACGUCCACUGGGGGGAGGGCAUAUUGCAAGAACACACGUGCUACACGGGCCAGGAAGGGCAAGGGAGCAAAAUAAUCCAGAUUUUCAAUAUUUUUGAAUGUUCUUAUUGAUCUGUGAUGUACGAUUCCCUGGGAGGGUUGUGUACCUUACCUCUUAAGAUAUUUGUGUAAUUUAUUUAAAUGACAUUCUCCUUUUGUUUGUUUUGGUA